AUGUUAUCCACAAACAAGCUGCACGGUGAUGACUCUACCGAUGUCGAGAACUACGGUACUGUCAUCGGUAUCGAUUUGGGUACCACCUACUCCUGUGUCGGUGUCAUGAAGGGUGGUAAGGUUGAAAUCUUGGCUAACGACCAGGGUAACAGAAUCACACCAUCCUACGUCGCCUUCACCGAGACCGAAAGACUUGUCGGUGAUGCCGCCAAGAACCAGGCCGCUAGCAACCCAUUCAACACCGUCUUUGACAUCAAGAGAUUAAUUGGGUUGAAGUGGGACGACAAGACCGUCCAGAAGGACGUCAAGCACUUGCCAUUCAAGGUUGCCAAGAAGGACGGAAAGCCGGCCGUCGAGGUUGAGUACCAGGGCGAAACCAAGAACUUUUCUCCAGAGGAAAUUUCCGGUAUGAUCUUGAGUAAGAUGAAGAACAUUGCCGAAGACUUCUUGGGCAAGAAGGUCACCCACGCCGUCGUUACCGUUCCGGCCUACUUCAACGAUGCCCAGAGACAGGCCACCAAGGAUGCCGGUACCAUUGCCGGGUUGAACGUGUUGAGAAUUGUCAACGAGCCUACCGCCGCUGCUAUUGCCUACGGUUUGGACCAGACAGAGGGCGAAAAGCAAAUCAUUGUCUACGAUCUCGGUGGUGGUACCUUCGAUGUCUCCCUCUUGUCCAUUGAGGGUGGUGUCUUUGAGGUCUUGGCCACUGCUGGUGACACCCACUUGGGUGGUGAAGAUUUUGAUUUCAGAGUCGUCAGACACCUUGUCAAGGUCUUCAAGCGCAAGAACAACGUCGACGUUUCUGACAACGCUAAGGCCAUCAGUAAGUUGAAGAGAGAGGUUGAAAAGGCCAAGAGAACCUUGUCUUCCCAGAUGUCCACCAGAAUCGAGAUUGACUCCCUCGUUGAGGGUAUCGACUUCUCCGAGACCUUGACUAGAGCCAAGUUUGAGGAAAUCAACAUUGAGUUGUUCAAGAAGACCCUCAAGCCAGUUGAGCAAGUCUUGAAGGAUGCCGGUGUGUCCAAGUCCGAAAUCGACGACAUUGUGCUUGUCGGUGGAUCCACCAGAAUUCCAAAAGUCCAGGAGUUGUUGGAAAAGUACUUUGACGGUAAGAAGGCCUCUAAGGGUAUUAACCCGGACGAAGCCGUUGCCUACGGUGCUGCGGUUCAGGCUGGUGUCUUGUCUGGUGAAGAAGGGGUUGAUGACAUUGUCUUGUUGGAUGUUAACCCCUUGACCUUGGGGAUUGAAACCUCCGGUGGUGUCAUGACCACUUUGAUCAACAGAAACACCGCCAUUCCAACCAAGAAGUCCCAGAUCUUCUCUACCGCCGUUGACAACCAGCCAACCGUCUUGAUCUCCGUUUACGAGGGUGAAAGAGCCUUGGCCAAGGACAACAACUUGUUGGGUAAGUUUGAAUUGACCGGUAUUCCACCAGCCCCAAGAGGUGUUCCACAGAUUGAGGUCACCUUCAACUUGGAUGCCAAUGGGAUCUUGAAGGUCAUGGCCACCGACAAGGGUACUGGUACCACCGAAUCCAUCACCAUCACGAAUGACAAGGGCAGAUUGUCCAAGGAGGAGAUUGCCCGUAUGGUUGACGAAGCUGAAAAGUACGCUGCCCAGGACGAUGAGUUGAGAGGCAAGAUUGAGGCCCGUAAUGGGUUGGAGAACUACGCCCACAACUUGAAAAACCAGAUCGCUGACGACUCCGCCACCGGCUUGGGCUCCAAGUUGGACGAAGAUGACAAGGAAACCUUGGCCGAUGCGGUUAAGGACACCUUGGAGUUCUUGGAAGACAACUUUGACUCUGCCACCAAGGAAGAGUUCGAGGAGCAGAAGGAGAAGUUGUCUAAGGUUGCCUACCCAAUUACCUCUAAGUUGUACGGUGGCCCUGAAGCCGGUGCUGCCGCCGAUGACUCUGACGAUGAGGACUUUGACUAUGACCACGAUGAGUUGUAA